GGGCAUCAUCAUCAUCGGCGCUGCGCGGAUAACGGAUCUCGGAUCUCCUCAGGACUACAUCCAGCCACGAUGUCCGACUUUAUUUUGGCGUUUCUGAGCAUGUCGGGAUUAAUUCUGCUGGUUAAAACGCUGACAGUGGCUGGGGCUGAGCAAGCAUGUGACGUGGAGGAAUAUCUGUGUGCGGACGGCCGCAGCUGUGUUUCUGAGAGCUGGCUGUGUGACGGGGAGCUCGACUGCCCCGACGGCUCUGAUGAAACACCAUUCAUAUGCUUCCGGCAGGUAAAGGUGAGAUGUCCCGUCAAUCACCUCCAAUGCCUCGGUACCCACAGGUGUGUUCAUUUCAGUACACUCUGCAAUGGAGUACGAGACUGUGAGGAUGGAUAUGACGAGGGUGUGCACUGCCGCGAGUUGGUGGAUAGCUGCAAGGAGCGAAGAUGUCAGUUUGACUGUGUGAUCAUGAGAAACGGGACGUCCUGUUUCUGUGGGGAAGGUUUCGAACUGGAUGAGGACGGGAGGCGGUGUCGAGAUCAUGAUGAAUGCAGGGAUUAUGGGACAUGCAGUCAAAUCUGUACGAACACACAGGGAUCGUACAGAUGCGCUUGCACAGAUGGCUUCAGCCUGCAGGCCAACAGACGAUCCUGCAAAGCCAAAACAGAUCCUGGUGAUAAACCUCCGGUUCUGUUGACAACAAAUAUGAAUUCUAUAUCAGUUGUUUACCUCAAUGGAUCAUCUAUGCCAAAUCUCAAGUCCAUGGAGACAAAUGGGACUCAAAUAUUGGACUUUAUUUAUAGAGAAGAGUCACUCUGUUGGCUCUCAGUGGCCCAGGAUACAGGUCAGCUGUGGUGUGCCCGCAUGACCAAACUCAAAGGCUUUUCAGAAAAACACCAGAUACGGAUAGGUCAGAACCUACAAAAUGUGGAGCAUAUGGCCAUCGACUGGUUGACAGGAAACUUCUACUUCGUAGACAGAGUGAAUGACCGGAUAUUCGUGUGCAGCGAACAGGGAGAUGCAUGUGUCACCAUCAUCGACCUGGACAUCCAGAACCCUAAAUGCCUAGCGCUGGAUCCCAUCAUGGGCAAACUCUUUUUCACGGAUUAUGGGACGGUAGCCAAGGUGGAACGCUGCAAUAUGGACGGCACCAACCGAACCAGGAUAGUAGAGUAUAAAACUGAACAGCCGACCGCCGUGACAUUGGACUUGGUGAAGAAGCUCGUCUACUGGGCAGACGCUUAUCUGGAUUUUAUCGAAGUUGUGGAUUACAAUGGCAAGAACAGACACACGAUCAUCCAAGGAAGCUCGGUGUCGCACCUGUACGGAUUUGCACUCUUUGAAGAUUACCUGUUUGCGACAUGCUCUGAACCCUCCAGAGAGAGCAAGGUGGACAUAUUUAGGAUAAAUCGCUUUAACAGCAGUGACACAAACACCAUUACUACUUUGGAAAGUGCCAGAGCUGUCCGAGUUUAUCACAGAUUGGCUCAACCUACAGUCAGGACUCACGCAUGCAGCCCUGAUACACACGGACGAAAGGGUGGAUGCUCGCAUAUCUGUCUCCUGAGCCACAACUACAAAUCACGCAUGUGCCGCUGCCGGACCGGCCACGUCCUUGCCAGCGACGGGAAGUCAUGCAAAAAACCAAAGAAUGAGCUGUUCCUGUUUUACGGAAAAGGACGGCCUGGGGUUAUCAGAGGUCUGGAUAUGAAUAUCAAGUCUGGAGAUGAACAUUUGAUUCAAAUCGAAGGGCUCGUGAGUCCCAGAGCGCUGGAGUUCCAUGCAGAGAGUAGCUACAUCUACUUUGCCGACACCACAAGCUUCCUAAUUGGACGGCAGAAGAUUGACGGAACCGCUCGGGAAACGAUCCUUAAGGACGAGCUGGAUAAUGUUGAGGGUAUUUCGGUGGACUGGAUAGGAAAUAACCUGUUCUGGACAAAUGAUGGUUAUAGAAAGACCAUCAGCGUGGCCGGGCUGGACCGGCCCUCGCAGACCAGGAGAACACUUUUAGAAGGCAAUAUGUCUCAUCCCAGGGCCAUUGUUGUGGAUCCUCUAAACGGAUGGAUGUAUUGGACGGACUGGGAGGAGGAUGAGUUAAUUGACAGCAGAGGAAGGAUAGAGAAGGCCUGGAUGGAUGGAUCUCACCGUCAGAUCUUCGUCACAUCCAACAUGCUGUGGCCUAACGGCCUCACUCUGGACCACUCCUCCAGUGUCAUGUACUGGUGUGACGCCUACUAUGACCACAUUGAGAAAAUCUACCUCAACGGCAGCCACAGAACGGUGGUGUACAGUGGGAAAGAGUUGAAUCAUCCAUUUGGGAUUGCGCAUUACCAGAAUUACAUAUUCUGGACGGAUUACAUGAACGCCUCGAUAUUCCGUCUGGAUUUGUCAUCCAAUGAUGUUGCCCUAAUGCGGGCUGAAAGACCACCUCUCUUCGGGAUUCAGGUGUAUGACCCACAGAGCCAGAAAGGUAAUAACCAGUGUUCGGCAAAUCACGGUGGCUGCGGCUCUUCGGCUCUAUGCCUUGCUACGCCUGCAGGUCACAUGUGCGCCUGCGCAGACGGCCAACAUUUGGAGAAAGAUAACAUCACCUGUUCAUCCCCAUCAGAGGUCACUAAGACAAAGCGCUGUGGCCCAGUGGAGUUUCAGUGCCAGAACCAGCGUUGCAUUCAGCUCUCAUGGAAGUGUGAUGGGGAUGAUGACUGCUCAGAUGGCAGCGAUGAAGAUCCACACCUCUGCACCAAUCGCAGCUGCCCAGCGGACCAAUUUAAAUGCCUGAACAACCGCUGUAUCCCGAAGAGAUGGCUGUGUGACGGCACCGAUGACUGCGGCAGCAACGAGGAUGAGUCCAACCACACCUGCUCGGCCCAAACCUGCCAGCCGGGCCAGUUUCCCUGUGAGAAUGGACGCUGCAUCCCGGAGAACUGGCGCUGUGACCGUGAUGAUGACUGCGGGGAUCAGUCGGAUGAGUCUUCGUCAUGUGACUUCCCAACUUGUGAACCGCUGACCCAGUUUGGCUGUACUAAUGGGAAAUGCAUCAGUGUGAAAUGGCACUGUGAUUCCGAGGAUGACUGUGGGGACGGCAGUGAUGAGGUGGGCUGCGUUCACGCCUGUUCUGUGGCUCAGUUUCAGUGCUCCAGCGGGAAGUGCAUCCCUGAGCACUGGAUGUGUGACGGGGACAAUGACUGCGGUGACCUCAGCGACGAGAACGCCACCUGCUCCAGGACAGUGCUCUCCGCCUUUACCGACUGCAGUGAGAAAGAGUUCCACUGCCGUGGCGACGGAACCUGCGUUCCUGAAAUAUGGCGCUGCGACGGAGACAAAGACUGCGAGGACGGUAGCGAUGAAUUCGCCUGUGAGGGAGCCAAGAGAAUGUGCGACCCCAAGGCAAAGUUCACUUGCAAGGUCUCAGGGAAAUGCGUUAGUAAGGACUGGGUGUGCGAUGGAGACAUCGACUGCGAGGACCAAUCGGAUGAGGAGGGGUGUGAAGUGUCCAUCUGUAAGCCUCCGAAGUUCCCAUGUGGCAAUGACACGUCUGUGUGCCUCCCGCCAGAUCGAAUCUGUAACGGCUGGAGGGACUGUGCCGACCAUUCUGACGAGGGACCCUACUGUGAUGAGUGUUUGGUGAGGAAGGGCGGCUGCAGUCACGAGUGCUUGGUGGCGCCGGGUAAAGGGGUCGUGUGUUCCUGUCCGGUGGGGUUCCAGCUGGGUUCGGACAGCCGGACAUGCGAGGUCCUGGAUUACUGUACCAAGCACCUACGCUGCAGCCAAGUGUGCGAACAGCACAAGAAUACUGUGAAAUGCUCCUGCUAUUCAGGCUGGAGUCUUGGACCUGAUGGAGACAGCUGUUAUAGUACAGAUCCUUUUGAGGCGUUCAUCAUUUUUUCCAUCAGACACGAAAUUCGCCGAAUCAACCUGCAAAGGGGCGACUACAGCCUGUUAGUCCCCGGGCUCAGGAACACCAUUGCUUUGGAUUUCCAUUUCAGCCAGAGCCUGCUGUAUUGGACCGAUGUUGUAGAGGACAAAAUUUACCGUGGGAAGCUGUCAGAGGGUGGCGGUGUUUCGUCAAUCGAGGUGGUGGUCCAGCAUGGUCUAGCCACUCCAGAAGGCCUUGCCGUUGAUUGGAUAGCGGGAAAUCUCUAUUGGAUCGACAGCAACCUGGACCAGAUUGAGGUGUCCAAGCUGAAUGGCGAAUUACGAACCACCCUCAUCGCCGGGGGUAUGGAACACCCUCGGGCCAUCGCCGUGGACCCCGGCCAGGGUGCCUUGUUCUGGACCGACUGGGACGCCACGUUUCCUCGCAUUGAAGGCGCUUCCAUGAGCGGGAAACGGCGACAUGUGGUUUUCAAGGACAUGGACUCCGGCGCUUGGCCCAACGGACUGACCUUGGACCACAUGGAGAGCAGGAUAGUAUGGACAGACGCCCGAUCUGACGCUAUAUACUCUGCUCUAUAUGACGGAACGGGGAUGAUUGAAAUUCUCAGAGGCCACGAGUUCCUCUCUCACCCCUUCGCCGUGUCUCUCUUUGGUGGGAGUGUUUAUUGGACUGACUGGAGGACCAACACUUUGACAAAGGCCAACAAAUGGACCGGGGCCAAUGUAACUGUGAUCCAAAAAACCAGCGCCCAACCCUUCGAUCUGGAGAUAUACCAUCCUAGCAGGCAGCCACAAACUCCUAACCCAUGUGCAGGUAACAAAGGAAGAGGCCCGUGUUCUCACCUCUGCCUUAUAAAUUAUAAUGGUUCUGCAUCUUGCUCCUGUCCACAUCUCAUGAAACUGUCGGCCAACAACCGAAGCUGCCAAGGUGUGAAGAAGUUUCUGUUAUACGCUCGAAGAUCUGAGAUUCGAGGAGUGGACAUCGACAACCCGUACCUCAACGUCAUCAUGGCCCUCACCGUACCCGAUAUCGAUGACGUCUCGGCGAUGGAUUACGAUGCUGUAGACGAGAGGAUUUACUGGGCCGAUGUGAAGACCCGAACGAUAAAAUGGGCGUUCAUUAACGGAACCAAACUCGAAACCGUCCUGUCUGGAGACCUAUCUAAUGUCCGUGGCCUGGCUAUUGACUGGCUGUCGAGAAACAUGUACUGGAUGAGCUCAGACAACGAUGAGUCCCACAUUAACGUCGCCCGUCUUGAUGGAUCUCUCAAAACCACCGUCGUUCACGGCAUGGACAAACCCAAGUGUCUCGUCCUGCAUCCAUCUAAAGGGAAGAUGUUCUGGAUGGAUGGAGGCACUAUAAAUAUGGCCAAUAUGGAUGGCAGCAACAUCAAGAUUUUGCACCAGAACCAGAAUGAGCCUGUUGGGCUGACGAUUGACUACUCGGCCAACAAGUUAUACUGGAUAAGUUCCGGAAACGGAACCAUUAAUAGGUGCAACCUGGAUGGGAGUGGCCUGGAUGUGAUUGACAGCUUGAAAAAAGAGCUCCGGAAAGCCACGGCAUUAGCAGUGAUGGGUGGGAAGUUGUGGUGGGCAGAUGAUGUUCUCGCUCAGCUGGGAACCAUUAACAAGAGGGAUGGAAAAAACCUGACGGUUCUUCGGAAUAAGACCACAGGCAUUGUCCACAUCAAAGUGUAUGACAAAGACAGUCAGAAAGGUCGCAAUCCUUGUAUACCGAACAACGGCGGUUGUUCCCAGAUUUGCCUUCCCACUUCUGAAACAACCCGGACGUGUUCUUGUACUACGGGCUACAACCUUCGUCCGGACCGCUCCACCUGUGAAGGUCUUCAGUCUUUCCUGAUGUACUCCGUUAAUGAAGGUAUAAGAGGACUGUCUCUGGAUCCCAGCGAUAACUCUGAAGUUUUGAUGCCGCUAACUGGCACUCUGUUCGCCGUGGGACUGGACUAUCAUGCCGGAAAUGAUACAUUGUACUGGACGGACAUGGGCUCCAACAGAAUCUCUAGAUCCAGUCGAGAUCAGACCUGGAGAGAGGACAUUGUCACAAGUGGUCUUGGACGUGUUGAAGGACUUGCAGUGGACUGGAUUGCAGGUAAUAUUUACUGGACGGACCAUGGCUUAAAUCUCAUUGAGGUCGCUCGAUUGAAUGGCAUGUUCCGCGCCGUGGUGCUAUCUGACGGUCUUGAUCAACCCAGAGCCAUUGCUGUGCAUCCAAUGAAAGGGUUUCUCUUCUGGACAGAGUGGGGCCAGAGUCCUACCAUCUCCAGGUCACAUCUCGAUGGUUCAGCGCAAUCCGUGCUUGUUAGCACCGGACUAGCAAGGCCCAACGGCAUCUCCAUAGACUACCAGGAAAAUAAAUUAUACUGGUGCGACGCCCGCAACAACAAGAUUGAAAGAAUCAACCUUGAGCGGGGUGAGCAGAGGGAGAUUGUGUUCUCAUCGAGUGGGGUGGAUAUGUUUUCCAUAGCAGUCUUUGGGGCUUACCUCUUCUGGUCUGACAGAGCCUACGCCAAUGGAUCCAUCCGCCGUGCUUCCAAGAAGGAUGCCGUGGACGUAGUGACCAUCAGGAGCGGCUUGGGCGUCAGUCUGAAAGAUGUGAAGGUCUUUAACCAGGAUCGGGAGAAAGGUACGAACGCUUGCAGCAGAGCAAACGGAGGAUGCCAGCAACUUUGUUUUUACUUGGGGAAUAACCGGAAAACUUGUGCUUGCGCCCACGGAUAUCUUGCUCAGGAUGGACUCCAUUGCAACAGAUACGAGGGUUACCUGCUGUACUCCGAGAGGACCGUUUUGAGGAGUAUUCAUCUAUCGGAUGAGAAUAACCUCAACUCGCCAAUAAGGGCGUACGAGAACCCAAAUUAUUUUAAAAACGUUAUAGCUUUGGCCUUUGAUCAUCAUCAGAAAACGCACGGAACCAAUCGGAUUUUCUUUAGCGAUGUUCAUUAUGGGAAUAUACAAGUCAUCAAUGACGACUGGACAGGACGACGCGUCAUUGCUGAGAAUGUUGGUUCUGUGGAGGGACUGGCGUACCACCGAGGAUGGGACGUCCUGUACUGGACGAGCUCCACCACAGCCACCAUCACCCGCCACAGCAUCGACCAGACCAGACCAAACACUUUCAAUAGAGACACGGUGGUCUCCCUGUCUGAGGAGGACCACCCACACGUCCUCACUCUGGAUGAAUGUCAGAACUUGAUGUUCUGGACUAACUGGAACGAGCAGAAGCCAAGCAUCAUGAGGUCGACCUUAACCGGCCGGAAUGUCCGCGUCAUUGUUAGUGUGGAUGUCAUCACCCCUAAUGGACUCACCAUCGACCACAAAGCCGAAAAGCUGUAUUUUUCCGACGGCAGUCUCGGCCACAUCGAGAGGUGUGAUUACGACGGCUCGCACAGAUACGUGAGUAUGGAGCCGCUUUGUGUCUUGAUGUUCUGGACUAACUGGAACGAGCAGAAGCCAAGCAUCAUGAGGUCGACCUUAACCGGCCGGAAUGUCCGCGUCAUUGUUAGUGUGGAUGUCAUCACCCCUAAUGGACUCACCAUCGACCACAAAGCCGAAAAGCUGUAUUUUUCCGACGGCAGUCUCGGCCACAUCGAGAGGUGUGAUUACGACGGCUCGCACAGAUACAGCAUGAAGAGGUUUUCACCUGUCGAGACGACAGCUCUGAUAUCAGAACGUCAUGCAGAUGCAUCUGCCACAUCUUUCAUCCUGAUCCCCCACACACGUGCAGGUGGCGAUGAACACUUGGGAAUAAAGACGUCUCGACCGCACGAGGGGGAUCUGAUUGGUUCUCCUGGUUUUCAGAGUGAUGACACCAGCCUAUCAGAGGGCAGCACGAUCGACCUCAGGAAACCCGGCGAGGAAGAGGAUGAAUACUCUGAGACGGCUGAAGAGGCCAUGGAGCCAGAAAACUGCCUUCCUGACUGUGAGUCAUCCCCCUGCAGCGUGAAUAAUGGAGGGUGCCAUGACCUUUGCCUUUUGACUCCACUUGGUGUGGUAAACUGUACUUGCCGUGGAGAACGGAUUUUACUGGAUGAUAACAGAUGUGUAUCCAUGAACUCCUCCUGUAACAUCCACUCUGAGUUCCAGUGCGGAAAUGGGGAAUGCAUCGAUUACCAACUUACAUGUGAUGGCAUCGAGCACUGCAAAGACAGGUCGGAUGAGAAGAUGCAGUAUUGCGAGAACCGGAACUGCAGACACGGCUUUAAAUCGUGCUAUAACCAGCGCUGUGUGGCCAACCAUCGAUUCUGUAAUGGCGUGAAUGAUUGCGGGGAUAACUCAGAUGAAGUUUACUGUAACAAUUCCUCGUGUUCGUCCUCUGAUCGACGUUGUGCAGAUGGUGCCUGUAUUCCUGCAUCAUCCUGGUGUAAUCAGAUCAUCGAUUGCGCUGACACAUCGGACGAGAAAAGCUGUAAUAGCACAGACUGCAUGGAAUACUACAGAUUGGGUUCUCGUGCCAGCAACAGUGAAAGGUUUCUAAGCUGCAAUUCCACGUCGCUGUGUGUUCAUCCCUCCUGGAUCUGUGAUGGAGCCAACGACUGUGGGGAUUACGCAGACGAAAUACACUGCCACGCUUCUUCAAUUCAUACAUGUGAGGACGGCCAUUUUGCAUGUCCCAGUGGAAACUGCAUCUCCAGCGUCUGGUUGUGCGAUGGACAGAAAGACUGCGAGGACGGAGCGGAUGAAUUUCAAUGCGAUUCAUCGUGCCUUUGGAAUCAGUUCGCCUGCUCAAAAAACAAGUGCAUCGCCAAACAGUGGCUCUGUGACGGGGAGGACGACUGCGGUGACGGAUUGGACGAAAGCGAGGAAAUUUGCGGCUCGGCAACAUGCGCCCCCGGUUUGUUCAGUUGCCCAGGAUCGUACGCUUGUGUACCCAGGAACUGGUUAUGUGAUGGGGAGAGAGAUUGUCCCGAUGGUAGCGAUGAACUAGCGGUAUCUGGCUGUGCUCCGAACAACACGUGCACCGAGAGCACGUUCCAGUGCCGGAACCAGAACUGUGUCCCGCGGCGUUUCGUGUGUGACCAUGACGACGACUGCGGGGAUGGUUCUGACGAGUCUCUGGAAUGCGAAUAUCGUUUAUGCAAAGAGGAGGAGUUCCGCUGCGCAGAUGGGCGGUGUUUAUUGAGAGCCCAAUGGGAGUGUGAUGGCUUCCCCGAUUGUUUGGACCAAUCGGACGAGCUGCCACUCAACCCAAAGUGUUCCGCUGCAGAAAGUUUGUGCAACGGUUCGGUUUUCAUGUGCGCAAACGGCCGCUGCGUCCCGCUGGGGAGCGUGUGUAAUCAGCACGACGACUGCGGCGACCGAUCCGACGAGAGGAACUGCCACGUUAACGAGUGUUUGAACCGUAAAGUCAGCGGCUGUACCCAGGACUGUCAAGACCUACCCGUGGGAUACAAGUGUACGUGUUGGCCGGGGUUUCGUCUGAAAAACGACGGCAGGACCUGCAUUGACGUGGACGAAUGUUCCGAGAACUUUCCCUGCAGUCACCAGUGCAUCAACACCUACGGGUCUUUUCACUGCCUGUGUGCCGACGGGUACCAGCGUCCUGCCAGUAACCCGCACAGCUGCAGGUCUCUCUCAGCAGAGGAGCCUUUUCUUAUUCUAGCUGACCAUCACGAAAUCCGAAAGAUCAGUUUGGAUGGAUCAAACUACACACUUCUGAAACAGCAUAUGGAGCAUAAUUCAGACACAACAUCCAAAAGCACAGAGGAAAGUGCGGUAUCAACAGCCACCUCGGAGUUUAAAUGCCAGCCCGGAAGGUUCCAGUGUGGAACGGGUUUGUGUGCCCUCCCUCCCUUCAUCUGUGAUGGAGAGAACGACUGCGGAGACAACUCCGAUGAAGCCAACUGUGACUCGUAUAUCUGCCUGUCUGGCCAGUUUAAGUGCACUCACCGGCAAAAGUGCAUCCCUAUAAACCUGCGGUGUAACGGACAGGAUGACUGCGGAGACGGUGAAGAUGAAACCGAUUGCCAAACGAUAAAGACUUUCUUUUACUCUACCAGCAAAAUACAGUGUGCACAGCUGCAUCUCACCCUCACCAUUCUGAACUUUUCUCCUAGGAAGCAUUUGUUCCCUACGGUGGUUCACAGAACGUCUGUCCCCAGUGCUCUCGCUGUGGACUGGAUCGGCAAGAACUUGUACUGGUGUGACGGCCAGAGAAAGACCCUGGAGGUGGCGAAAGCUAAUGGACUCUACCCGACUGUACUGCUGAGGACUGGAUUGAGGAAUCCAACCGCUCUUGCUCUCGACACUCACAUGGGAUAUGUGUUCUGGAUCGACUGCUGCGAGCAGCCCCAAAUUGGACGGAUCGGAAUGGACGGCAGCAAGCCACGUGUCAUAGUCGAUACAGAAAUACGUGUUCCCUCAGCCUUGACCAUUGACCACAUCAACAAAAGGAUCUACUGGGCUGACGAGAACCAUAUCUUGUUUUCGAACAUGGAUGGUACAAAAAGACACAAAGUCCCAGUCAAGGACAUAGGUGGCAUAACCGGUCUCACACUCUUUGAGGACUUCAUCUACUGGAGCGACCAGAAGUCAAAAACCCUCAGUCACUCGCACAAGACGUCCGGUGGCCAACAUACAGAACUCCUCAGCUCCUGGCAAACCAUUCGAGACAUUAAAGUCUACCAUCCACUCCGACAGCCUGAUGUGCCAAAGCAUCAGUGUCAAGUGACUAAUGGAGGGUGCAGUCACCUAUGCCUUCUUUCCCCUGGUGGGGGAUACAAGUGUGCUUGCCCUACACACUUCUACCUGGCAAACGACAACAAAACAUGUCUGUCUAACUGCACCGCCAGCCAGUUCUUUCUUUCUUUCUUGGUUAGUUGUUUUACUGAUUUGUCCUCUCAUUUGUUUACAGCGGAGUUUAAAUGCCAGCCCGGAAGGUUCCAGUGUGGAACGGGUUUGUGUGCCCUCCCUCCCUUCAUCUGUGAUGGAGAGAACGACUGCGGAGACAACUCCGAUGAAGCCAACUGUGACUCGUAUAUCUGCCUGUCUGGCCAGUUUAAGUGCACUCACCGGCAAAAGUGCAUCCCUAUAAACCUGCGGUGUAACGGACAGGAUGACUGCGGAGACGGUGAAGAUGAAACCGAUUGCCAUGAAAAGACAUGUGGGCCGCAUGAAUUUCGCUGCAAGGACAACAACUGCAUACCGGACCACUGGAGGUGUGACGGGCAGAGCGACUGUAGCGACAAUUCAGACGAGGAGAACUGCAGUACGUGA